GUGUCUUGUGCACAGGUUUCCGCUGGCAAAGGGCAGGUUUGGGGGCUGGGUUAGGUGUUACAAAAGUUAGUAGAACUUCCUACUAAAGUUACGGAGGCAGUCUGUGUAACUUGAAGCAUUUUAAGCCAAUUUAGGCCUGUUUAAGACUAUAUAAUCUUGCUCAAGCGCAAGCAGAUAAUAGAAAAUCAGCUGAGUCUUCCGAGAUACUAAUGCCAAUACAGGACAUGGCAUCAAUGAUUUUUACAUAAGGAGUAUUAGGGGUGCUCAUAGCUGGUUGAGACCUGAGUGACUUUAGCUAAAUCAUUCGUAUAAUGCUUGUGUGUGACCUAAGCUUGUCAUCACAGUUUUGAAAGACAGAUUAUGUUUUCAGAUCAAUGCUUCAUCAGCGUUUAAAGUACCCUUCACAAAAUGCCAAGUUUUUUAGAGCAUAAGGAAAUAAAUGUCCCCUUUAUUCUUUGUUCAUAAGAGGUAAUUCGUUUGUUUGUGCCUGAGGAGAGGGAGACAAUUCAGCCUUGAAUAUUGGGUAAUGAGGAUGAUUCCUUUUUGUUGUUUUCUGGAAGAAUAAAAAGCAUCAAAGAUGGGAGACAUUAAGUGCCCAAUUAGUGGAGACAUAUAAAGUGACCUGAAUUUUCUGCCGGAAAAGACUCCUUUCACCAUAGGUUAGUUCCUUGAGGGAUCUAUGAUAAACCUGUGGUAGUGUGUUCAGUACUUUUGUCCAUCUCUGGGAAAAUGCGGAGACUUCUAUGAAGGACAAGAUCCCUUAGAAUGGUGAAGUUGAGCACUCAGGUCUUAUGUUCCUUUGAAGACCUUUGACUUAGCACUGUAAGUCUGUGCAUUCAUGGUAACAUCUGGUUUCUUCAAGGGGGUUGUUUUUAAGAUAAGCUAAUAAGUAGUUCUUCCUAAAAUAGGCACUCUCUGUCAUGGAGUUAUUAGCAAUUAGGUGUCUGGUGAUCCUUUGGACCAUUGUAAUAGCAUUGGAGCUUUGCAGCUUUAUUGGACAGUGUAAUCUGAUUUUUAUCUUCUAAAAUAUUGCUGGAGCAGUGUUCAGUGUCAGGAUGUUACUAAAAGCUGUGUUUGGUUUUAGGUUGAAUAUCCUGAUGCCCAGCUUGCUGUGUUAUUGGAGCAUGGUGGAGCUUACAUGAUUACAUCGUCCCUGAGGUCUUUUCAGAAACUCUCAUGAGGUUAUGUUGCUGAGCAAAACUUACUUGAUGCCCGGUAACAGAAGAGUAUCGAAUCACUUUGUGUCACCACUUCAUAGGGGACUUUGGGUACUGUAGAUGUGCCUCUCACCAGCACAUCAUGCUGGAUGUAACAGAGGAGAUGGAUAGCCCCACAUUUAAAAGUGACACUGUACUUUCUGAUGUUCACUUACACUGUCCAAAUAAAAGACAUCUCAUGGUCCGAUUGAAUGCAGUGGGACAACCAGUAUUCCUGUCGUAUUUCAAACUCCUUUGGAACAUAGAAGAUUUGUCAUCUGAGAAACAUGUGAGAGAAGUUACAGCAGAAAGAGAACUCCAGUACCAGAGUGGAGAUAAACUGUGUGACAAGGACAAGAAUGAGCUAAAAAAGGAAAGAGAAUUUAUAAAUAGUGAAGGAGUAGAAGCUCUGCUAGAUGAGGACGGAGACUUGGAAGUGGUCAGAAGACCUCGAAGUGCCUCUGAUUUAGAAGCAGAGGAUCUUUUGAGGGAUAGAGUAUAUCCUGUCAUUCUGAUGAAAGGGAAAGAAGAUGCUUUUGAAGAUGAAGAAGAAUGCACUCGCAGUGAUGUUGUUAAAAUAGAACAUACUAUGGCAACUCCCUUAGAAGAUGUCGGUAAACAAGUCUGGCGUGCAGCCUUUCUUCUUGCUGAUUACAUUCUGUUUAAACGGGACACGUUCAGGUGUUGCUCAGUGCUAGAGCUUGGAGGUGGCACUGGAAUUACAAGCAUUAUUAUGGGAACAGUUGCCAAGAGAGUUUAUUGCACAGACGUUGGUGAAGAUCUUCUGGCCAUGUGUGAGCAAAAUGUUACAUUAAACAAACACCUGAUGGAGCCAGGAAGAGGGGAAGUUAAAGUGAAAGAACUGGACUGGCUGAAAGACGAAUUCUGCACUGAUCCUGAAGCUCCUUACAGCUGGUCUGAAGAAGAGAUUGCUGAUCUGCAUGACCACUGUACUGUGAUAAUAGCAGCUGAUGUGUUCUAUGAUGAUGACUUGACAGAUGCCUUGUUCAGAACGCUGUAUAGAAUCACACACAACUUGAGAAAUUCUUGCACAGUUUACCUAGCCUUAGAAAAGAGGCUUAACUUCACUUUAAGACAUAUGGAUGUUACAUGUGAAGCCUACAGUCAUUUUAGAAAUACUCUAAAUGAUUUGGAGAGCCUCCAAGAUAGAAAAAUUAAAUACGUUGUGGAGCCCAUUAAGCCUGAUUUCUGCCAGUUUCUUGUUUAUGAACGAAUGGAGCAGUUGGAAUUGUGGAAGAUCAUUGCUGAACAGCUAACAUGACAGAGACAUGAGAAACAGAAGAUCUUUAUCUGAGGAUAAAGGUUUUUUGUGAUGUUUUGUUAAAAAAGGAUUUUCAUCCCAAGAAAAGCAUUUUCCUGGUGGGACUGUGCUCUCAGAAAGUGCUGUUACACAGAUUUGCUUUACUUCAGUAAGUUUGGUGUUUGGCAGUUAGGAUAUGGUUUCUUUAACAUUUCUUUUACAAAACUGUUUGAUGCUGAUCCUCAAAGUAUGUGCUGGAUGCUGAACAGUGGCAGUGACACAGUGACUUGCUCUUUGGAAUCAAUGACAUAAGCUUUAGAUUCUCACAGAGAGGCACUUAACCUUUUCCGUGUGGCUGAUUUGCAGAUGUCAUGCAUUUUCUAUUUUAGUUUUCUGAACACAGACACUGCUCUUGGUCUCUUCCAGGUUCCACAUUAUUUUGUAUUUAUGGACAUUUGUGAAACAGUGGUCUGGGCAAAGACCUGUCUUUCAUGGACUUCUCUUCAAGCAAUCUCUUUAUGAAGCUUAGUCCUUAAUUUUCAGUUUGUCCUAUCUACAUCAUUCUAGUUCAGGGCUACUCUGUGAACUGAAAGGACACAAGAUGCAUUUUGUUUGAGCCUCUAAAAAUACUCCACAGAGUUCUUGGAGGUAUAUUGCUCUGCUGGAACUUUUAAGCUGUUCCCACUCAGGAUGAGGGUGGGAAGGUGCCUCGUGAAGUGAUACACUACCACUCCUUAAAUGUUUGGCAUUCUACCCUCAGUGUAUAUGUGUGAGGCUGGGGAGAAGGUGACCAGCGAUGUCUUGCCCAUACAAAUGGGGCCUUCAGCUUUUGGAUUAAAGUACAACAUAUUGGUCACAUCUCUCCUGUGUUAUUAAUAAAAACAAGAUCUGCUUGUACUUUUAAUAAAUCUUGUGUGUACUGUUAUGUUUGUAUCACUUGCCAUAUGUACACUGUCAGGGAAGCUCUUGUGCCAGCUUCUGGAUUCUUUAACGUUAGGUGAGGAUCAGUGAUAAAGCUGUUCUGGCCUGUGACUUGUGACUACUAAUGCAUACAUUGCAUUAGAAGCAUCUGGCUGACUUCUUGAAAACCUGUUUACAUUUGGUUUAGUUCAGUUGGUUUAGGUUAUUUCAUAUACUACUUAUAUUUAUGAAGAGAUACUUUCUUCAUGUUCUUUGAUGAGAUAAAAGCUUAUUAGGUGAUGAUGGCCUUUUCCUGUUGAGUAUAGUCAAAGUAAAAAUUAUUGUAGCAGGUAACUGCCUAGGUAGACAGAAUUUCUCUCUCGGAACCCUCAUUUGAACUUCAAAGAUACAAAACUAUUUUAAUCCAGAGAAUCCCAAAAUAUUGUUCUUUUGUCUAUUUUGUAAUGUUACUGACUUCAGUAGGUUAACUGAAAACUGGGUUUGAAUAUAGAUGCUUAUUUCAGUAGUAAUGUUUUGAAGGCUGUAGCAAGAAACUAAUUUAAACUGAUGUGAAAUAGUGUGUGCAGUUAGGGAAGAUUUUUACUUGCGCAGGACUUCUGAAAAUCUCUGGAAUUGUCAAUAGAAAUUCAUCCAGGUAGAGUGAUACUGUAGAUCUUUUAAAUGUAGAAUUCAGCCAUUUUACCAGAGUUGACUUAAGUUAACGUCUGAAAAAUAUUUUCAUACUUGUAUCUUUAGCUGAGUAAACAUUGUGGCUGCUUGGGAAGCAAGUUGAAGUAGAAUUUCCACCUAAAAGAAUAAAGUCAGUCUUUCUGUUGAGGGCAAACAGCUUUGAGGUUUCAGUGACUGAGGCCAAAUCACAAAUUUGGAUAUAACCCUUUUCACUGACGAUAAGGAAUAGCCAAAAGUAGGCAACAGUUCCUGGGUACGACCUUCUCAAUUUUGACUUUAAUCAUACUUUAAAUAUAGCAUAAAUGACAGUUGUUUUCAGAACUCAUCAUGUGAAUUUACACCCUUAGCAAUUCAUUGUUUAUUAAGAUAUCCAAGCGGGGAGUUUAGCACACAGAUUAUGGUUGCAAAUCAAGUUAGUGCCUAAAAUGAUAAUGCCUCAAGCACAUUAUCUGUGUUUACAUAAUCAAGAAGGAUUUUUUUCCAAAUAAAACAUGAAGUAAAAGAUA